AUGAAUUUCUACCGUUUGAUUCAGUACAUUACAAGAAUGUUUCUCACGUCAUUUCGACUCGCUAACUUGUUCCUUCUCGGUAAUGGAUUAUAUAAAUCCCUAACGACUAAACUACCACCACAUUUAAUCAAGUCGGGUCAAUUCCAAUUCAUUACCAAUUGUUCAUUGUUGCUCACGGUAGUCAAUCUUUUAUGGGCCCUACUUGGCCACAACUCAAUUUGGCUCUACAACUUAACUAGUAACUUGGAGUUCGAUGUUAUUGUCUUAUUGGACAAUGGCACUUUUGUUUCCGCUAAUGGUGGCUGA